AUGCGUACGUCACGUAUAUCCAAAGAUACGGCACGCAUUGUCAAUGCGCUGACACCACCAAGAAGAGCUGCCGCGCAGCAUGCCUUGCGAAGAUUCACCAAUGGCGAUGCGGACCAAACGAGCACCGCUUCGACAACGUCCGACACCGAGCUCACCGAUCCAGCGACGCUGAGCCCCGGGGCAUCGGAGCCUGCAUCGAAUGGCUCCGCACGAAAGAGAAAGCGUGGAAAUACCGCGACUUCUGCGACCACGCUAAGCGUACAAUCCACGACCGAAGUCCGCAGAUCGCCACGCAAGGCCCCCAAGCUUGAGAAACCAGAGGAUGACGAGGAUGAAGAGGAGGACGACAAAGCCGGGUUAGCAGCAGGAGGGCCAGUCAAAAGGAUACGCAAAGCCAGACGUCAACCCUCCAAGAAGAUCAAGAGCGAAGAUGGUACAGUCCAAGUCGAGCCACCCGCAAACUGGGAGCAACUCUACAACCUCACAUCAGAAAUGCGCAAAAACAUUGUGGCCCCAGUCGAUACAAUGGGCUGCGAGUCUCUCGCCGAGAAGGAUCGUUCCCCCAUAGACCAACGUCUUCAAACUCUGAUAGCACUUAUGCUCUCUUCUCAAACCAAAGACACAGUAACAGCCGUCGCAAUGAAGAAUCUCCAAGAAGGCCUACCCGGGGGUUUCAAUCUCGACGCUCUCCUCAACAUCUCGCCCGAGGAUCUGAACUCCAUGAUCAACAAAGUCGGCUUCCACAACAACAAAACCAAAUUCAUCAAACAAGUCGCUGUAAUCCUGAAAGAGAAAUUCAAUAGCGACAUCCCUGAUUCCAUCGGAGGACUCGUUUCUCUUCCAGGUGUAGGUCCCAAAAUGGCGUAUUUGACCAUGUCAGCCGCGUGGGGCAAAGAUGAAGGCAUUGGAGUAGAUGUUCAUGUGCAUCGGAUUACGAAUUUGUGGGGCUGGCAUAAGACGAAUAAUCCGGAACAGACGAGGCUGGAGUUGGAGAGUUGGUUGCCGAAGGAGAAGUGGCAUGAGAUCAAUCACUUGUUGGUUGGCUUGGGGCAGACGGUUUGUUUGCCUAUUGGGAGGAGGUGUGGGGAGUGUGAUUUGGGAGUGCGAGGAGUUUGUCCUGGGGCUGUGGCGGGCAGUCCGAAGAAGAGGAGGGUGAAGAAGGAGGUUGAGAUUGAGGUCAAGAAAGAGGAGGUUGUGGUGAAGAAGGAGGAGGAGACUGUUGUGGAGGCGGAUGAUCAGGCCGCUGUUGUCAAUAUCAAGUCCGAGGAUUUAGGGGAGGUGGAAAUGGAGGUGGGAUUGCAGGGGAGCCGAAUACCAGACAUUGAAGACAUUGCGGCUAUGCGAUAGCAUAUCAAGCCCUUGGAUCCCGGGUCGCGCAAGUAACGUGCCCUUGGGCGUUCUGCAAGACGAGCCGACAUGCACAAUAUUUAGGCAAGUGUACAUGCGUGGACACCGAGCAGGCUUUCCAAGAACAGCUCGUCGGGCGCAUUCUACUGCACUUGACUUGUUUGAUCUCACCGCAACUUUGAUCGUUGCCAAAGUCAAGGACAGCCUUACCGACAGCAUCAAUUCAGUCUACAUCUUGAUCGCAAUCGAGACUGAGGCUGAGAGGCAUCAGUGCAGCAACCAGCUUGCAAUUAAAUCUCUCCCAGUUGUCUACAACUGGUUUGACCUGCCACGAACAGUAAAGAUGAGACGAGACCCAGCUCUAUGAUCCACCAUUCCAAAUGCAUGCCUGCCAGACAUCAUCACAUGCAAGAUCGCAAGCUUUGGGCUCAUACUAUAAGGCGGUUUCAGUAGGCGUCGUUCGUUCGUUGAAGAUGGAGGAGAAACCUACUACGGCAAGACAAGCGACGAAGCAAGCGUCCACCACUGCGUUGCAAUCUUCAGGUUUCUGAAUUGGAUCUGGACCAUUGGGUGGGUCUUGAGGAGCUGCUGCGAUCAUUGUCGAAGUUGACAACAAAAGGAGUGGAUUAAUGCGCGUCUUGAGAGGGGAUCAACUGGACGGUCGUGGUGUUCGUUCGAGUUGGAUGGUACACUCGGUGGCUCGGUGCAGAGUGGAAGGAGUGAGAGAGAUAGAGGUGCUGAUGAGAUUGUGACAGCGACUUUAUCAGUUUUCGAGGCACUUGAGGCCUAAGCUACGAAGUGUGGCCAAGAGCUGACACGAGGCUUUAGACAGUAAAGCAUAGGUUACUAAUG